UUCUUUCAGAGAACGCAGGCGGAACCAUGAAUGAAGAAGGUGAGGACUGGGGUCCGGGGUCCCGCAGCAUAUACACAAGCCGAGCGCCCCAGCAGUCAGGCUCACGGAGCGGGGGGUCAGGCCAUGCUAUAUGGAAUUCAGCGAUAAAGUUAUCUCCAAGCUGUGGGCUUCCAGCUGCCAUUGGGAUCUACCAACCUGCUGAAAUUGUACAGUAUUUCAAAUGUCAACUGCAAGAAGACACCGAUGUUGCUACUGCUGUUGCUGCAAUAAGAACCCUGCUAGAGUUUUUGAAGAGGGAUACAGGUGAAACCAUACAGGGUCUGAUUGGGAGUCUGAAAGAUGCCACUGGCACCCUCUCUAAAGUGGAUUCAUCAGUUUCUGUUUCUUCAGGGGGAGAAUUGUUUUUGAGAUUCAUAACACUGACUUCUAAUCUGGAGCAUUCUGAUUACGACAAGUGCAAAAAAAUGAUGAGUGAAAGAGGAGAACUUUUUCUUAAGAGGAUCUCGAUGUCCAGGAACAAGAUCACAACGCUUUGCUGUCCAUUUAUAAAAGAUGGAGCUAAAAUAUUAACACAUGCUUACUCUAAAGUGGUCCUGAAAGUCCUGGAAGAGGCUGCUGCAAAUAAGAAUUUUAGUGUCUAUGUCACAGAAUCUCAGCCAGACCUCUCUGGUAAAAUCAUGGUAGAGGCUUUGCGGAAUCGGAAUGUUCCAGUAACGCUGAUCCUGGAUGCUGCUGUUGGCUAUAUCAUGGAAAAAGUGGACCUGGUUAUCGUAGGGGCUGAAGGAGUAGUAGAGAGUGGUGGAAUCAUUAAUAAGAUCGGCACAAAUCAAAUGGCAGUAUGUGCAAAGGCGCAAAAUAAACCAUUUUAUGUUGUGGCAGAAAGUUUUAAGUUUGUCCGACUUUUCCCUCUCAAUCAGCGGGAUGUUCCAGACAAGUUUAAGUACAAAGCAGACACUCAGCAGCAGAACAAGGACCUUCUGGAAGAGCAUCCCUGGAUUGACUACACCUCCCCCUCCCUGAUCACCCUGCUUUUUACAGACUUAGGAGUCCUAACCCCAUCUGCUAUUAGUGAUGAACUCAUCAAACUGUAUUUGUAAUUUUAUAAGUGCUCUUAAACUGGUAAAACACAA